CCUCUCACCAAAGAUGUGAUCAAGUUUGGCUCUUUCGUCGUCACCAAUCAGGUCUUCCAUCUCACCCCUCUCUCCUACGCCCUCGUGAACCUCAAGCCUCUCCUCCCGGGCCACGUCCUUGUCUCCCCACGGCGUGUCGUGCCCCGCUUCAAUGAUCUCUCUGCCGCCGAAGUGCAGGAUCUCUUCCUCACCGUCCAGCGCGUUUCCAAAACCGUCGAACGCGUCUUCCAAGCAUCCUCCCUCAACAUCGCCAUCCAAGACGGCGUCGACGCCGGCCAGAGCGUCCCCCACGUCCAUGCGCACAUAAUACCACGCCGGAGAAAUGAUCUUUCUCACGCUGGCGGCACUGACGCCAUCUAUGCCAUGAUGGAGAGCGAGGACGGCGACCUGCACAAGCAGUUCGCUGAGCGAGACGGCGCCAAUGGCGAUCAGAACAUCGGCCAGAGACGAGGGAGGUUCCCGAGGGUGGAUGCUGAGGAAAGCAGGAAGCCGCGGAGCGAGGAAGAGAUGCGCAAAGAGGCCGAGUGGCUGGCCGAGGAGAUGGCUGCCGAU